AUGAUCCUGCCCGCUUCCUGCAAGCUGCUAGCUGCCUUCCCCUUCCUCUUUGGCAUCUUAUGGUUCGUUCAAAUGUUUCAUCUUUGCACAUCACGACAGCUACGAUUCCUUGACCUCGAUGCCAAGACGCCGAAUUACUCCCAGUUCAUCGAAACUUUGCAGGGCAUUCGGAGAGGGCUCAACCUCGUCCUGGACCUUAUCGUGGCUGUCUUGGCCGUCGUUAUGAUCUCGGUUGCCGUGCUGCUCCGAGGAUCCACGAAUGCAGCCUUUGCCGUUGUUGCUUUGUGCAACAUGAUGGAUCUCAGCGACGUCAUGAAAGCUUCCAUUUCCGUAUGGACGAUUUUUGAAACAUCCAUAGGUGCCGUAGCACGCAUGAGGAGCUUUGGCGAGCCCACUCCAUGCGAAAACUUGCCACAGGAGUCCCACACGCCGCCCGCGAACUGGCCGCGGCACGGCACGAUUGCCAUGGACGCGGUGACCGUCGCCUACAAGGCCGACAUGCCGCCCGCCCUUGACGGGAUAGCGUCAAUGUUGAGACGGACAGGAUUAUGCAGCAAGCCCAUCACGGAGUGCUUCCAAGACGUCACGAUACUCUUAAUCGCUCAUCGAUUGGACACCAUUGUCCGUUACGACAAGGUUUUGGUGCUGGAUAAGGGCGAAUCAGUGAGCAGGGCAAUCCUCAAGAGCUCCUGGGGCAGGACUCUGCGUUCCGGUUGCUCUAUGAGUCCGCGCACGGCAAAGACUGAGCUGGGAAACGACUGCGCCGCGGCUUUCAACACUACUGCAUGCAUUGUGUUUUCGUCGACUUGA